UUCCGGAGGACGGCCAGUUCGUGUUGAGCGCGCGGUUUGUCAUGCCAGCAGUGGUUUUACCGACUCGCCACUGUAUAGCAGCAACGAACACGACGACGACGACGACCAAAAAAUCGCCUUCUUCCGCCGCCGUUUCUAUUGCUGCUGCCGGUAACAAUAUCACGACGACGACGCUCUACUGGUUGCCUGUAGUGGAUAGCCCGGCGUGUUGUUUUUGCUGUUAUUGCGGCGGUCGGCUGUUCGUCGUCGGCGGUGUCCCGACCACCGGACGUGUAAAUAGCAGCGUUGGUAGUAUCAGCAGUGCGUUGAGUCGUUUCGACGCGUGUACGCCACCGCCGCCCCCGUCGCGUAAUUUCGGUAGGCUCUGCCGGUGUGACGGUGCCGUAGUCGCCGCCACCACCGCCGCCGUCGUGCUACUUGUGCCGUAUGUGCUUGGGCCGCCGUGCUUCCGACCGAUCGUAUUGCCGCCCACAUUCGUCGCCGCCGCCAAUCACCUCAGGCAUCACCGCCGGAUACAUCACCAACACCAACACUACCUGUACAACACGGCCGUCGCCGGCAACAAUAUGGAAACUAGGUCAGUAUAUUUGGGUUUAGACGAAGAAUCGUACGCUAGCAUUAAAGAUUCUGUUAAAGAGUUUUGGAAUCUAAUAGGACUGAAGGGCACCGGUGGCAGUGCUCUGGGUGGUGCGAGCAGCGCAUUAGUAGGCACCAGCGGCAAUCUUGGCGCGGCAGCAGCCGCUGCUGUGCUUAGCGGCGGUAGCAGUCGCGUGACGUCGUCGGGCGUUGAGCUCAGGGAGCUCAGGCGCCACAACUACAAGGCUUCCGUGUCGGUGCUGUCGCACCUGAACAAAGGCAACGCCGCUUCGCCGUACGUCAGCAUCGGAGGAGGACACCGACAACGGACCAGAGCCCACCGGGCCAUGAACAUGGGCCAGAAAAUAUCUAGUGGAGUUAAAACUGUUAGCCGCGAAAGUGCGCAACCAUACAAGCCUGUAGUACCCAGAGAGCUGGCCCAAGAUUUUGCCCGUCCGGCCAGAUUAGACAUACUAUUAGACAUGCCGCCGGCGUCGAAAGAAAUGCAAAUCAAACACGGUUGGAACGCGGAGGAUAGGUCUCUAAACAUAUUUGUCAAGGAAGAAGACAAACUGACAUUCCACAGGCAUCCGGUAGCCCAGAGUACCGAUUGCAUCAGAGGUAAGACUGGCUUGACCAAAGGUCUGCACGUGUGGGAAGUAAACUGGUCGACCAGGCAACGCGGAACGCACGCAGUGGUCGGCGUCGCGACACAAGAUGCACCUCUGCACUCUGUCGGUUAUCAGAGUUUGGUGGGAAGUAACGACCAGUCAUGGGGCUGGGAUUUAGGGCGUAACAAAUUGUACCACGAUUCGAAAAGCUACGACGGCAUUACGUAUCCGGCCUUGCUCAAGCCCGACGAGACGUUUAUAGUGCCAGAUAAAUUUUUAGUCGUUUUGGAUAUGGACGAGGGAACACUAUCCUUUGUCGUAGACGGCCAGUAUUUGGGCGUAGCGUUUAGAGGCCUCAAGGGGCGGAAAUUAUUCCCAAUUGUCAGCGCUGUUUGGGGUCACUGUGAAAUUACGAUGAAAUACAUCGGCGGACUAGAUCCUGAACCUUUACCGCUGAUGGACCUAUGUAGACGAGUCAUUAGACAACGAAUCGGUAAACAAUACCUAGAAGAACGCGUCAUGGACUUGAACCUGCCGCAAUCUCUAAGCGUUUACUUAUUAUACCGGGACAGGAGAUAACGGGGCCAGCAGCCGCGCCGAAAAUAUUGAUCAACAGAUCUCAAACGUCGAUCCGAUUCCUCCCCUACUUAUCUGUCCUAUCCCCGCCCUGUCGACUCAACACCAUCUCCUCACCCACCCACUAAUCACCCGUAUCUCCUCUACCUCAGGCCAGUAACCGCGACGUUCGCUAACUAGUCUCCCUCCUCCUCGUGAUCCCUCGUUCAAGUUUCCCUUAGUAACACCCUUACCCCACCCACCCAUGUAAAUAAUACUCGAUGCAAACCCCUUCCCUAUCCCAAUUAAAUUACACAAACACGAAACUUUAAGUAACGACUGAUGUAUCAAGUGUCAAGAUAGUUUUUUUUAAUAUAUUAAUUAAUUUAAGGUUUAGGAAAAAAAAUUGAAGAUAAACUUUUGUACAAAGUCCAUAAAAUGCCUAUUCGGUAUUAUAAGAGAAAGAAAUUAAGCGCGCAACGUAAAUACCGCGUAUAAUUUUCAACUUGUGAAUUAUAUUAUUCUUUUUUUUUUUUAUUAUUAAAAUUAAUUUCAAUCCUGGUUUACUUGUACUAUAUAAUUAUACGCGCGUGCUAAGGACAAUGAAAUCUUUUUUUUACCAGUUUUUGACUAAUUAUUUGUAUAUAACUACAAGUUACAUGUUUUUUUCCUCGUCAUUGUUUUUAUAUCACAAAUAAAUUAUGUUUUGUAACUGAAAUGUUCUUGGUAUAUUAUAUUCGGAAACUGUUUAUUAUUAUAUUAUUAUUAUUAUUAUUAUUUUUUUUUUUUUUGUAGUAACAAAUCUAUAACUACACUUUCUUUAUGCGAGUUAAAAAAUUAGUUUUUCAUUUAUUAUUAUUUUUUUUAGUUGUUUAAUAGAAGAAAAAAAAAUGUUAUUGUUUUGCGAAAAUUGCGCUCCCAAAAUUUUCUUUGGCAGAACGUUCAACACCGCUUAUUCUGUUGAUGAAAACGAUAUUAUGAAAAGACAUUUAAUAUUAAACAUACAUUUAAAAAUGAAAAAAAAAAUAAAUGUAGACUAAUAUUUAAUUUAUAUAUGGAACGUUUGUAAAUAAGUUAAUACGUUUUGUUUAUUUUUAUUUUUAUUUUUUUUUUUCAACGAUAAAUUUGUUGGCUGACAGCAAAACUCGUUUUGUGAUAGAUACGACUUAAGUAAAAUAUAAUAUAUAUAAAAAUA